CCGGCCAACGAGAGCAAAUCCAGUGACUCACCUCCCUCCGCGCUAACUCCUCGCUUGCUUCCUUCUCACACACGCUCACACCCGGCGCGAGAUGGCGGCAGCGGCGGGGGACUCCGAUUCCUGGGACGCGGACACGUUCUCCGUGGAGGACCCAGUGCGGAAGGUGGGGGGCGGUGGCACAGCCGGCGGGGACCGCUGGGAAGGCGAGGACGAGGACGAAGACGUCAAGGAUAACUGGGAUGAUGAUGAUGACGAGAAAAAAGAGGAACCUGAGGAAAAGCCAGAAGUAAAAGUUUCAGAAAAGAAAAAAAUAGCAGAGAAGAUCAAAGAGAAAGAACGGCAACAAAAGAAAAGGCAAGAAGAAAUUAAGAAGAGGUUAGAAGAAACGGAAGAACCUAAAGUGCUAACACCAGAAGAACAAUUAGCAGAUAAACUGCGACUGAAGAAAUUACAGGAAGAGUCAGACCUCGAAUUAGCAAAGGAAACUUUUGGUGUUAAUAGUACAGUUUAUGGAAUAGAUGCUAUGAACCCAUCUUCAAGAGAUGACUUCACAGAGUUUGGAAAGUUACUAAAAGAUAAAAUCACACAGUAUGAAAAAUCACUAUAUUAUGCCAGCUUUUUGGAAGCCUUAGUUCGAGACGUGUGUAUUUCAUUGGAAAUUGAUGACUUGAAAAAGAUUACCAAUUCAUUGACUGUGCUGUGCAGUGAAAAACAGAAGCAAGAAAAGCAAAGCAAAGCCAAAAAGAAGAAGAAAGGUGUGGUUCCUGGAGGGGGCUUAAAGGCUACCAUGAAGGACGACCUGGCAGACUAUGGUGGUUAUGAUGGAGGAUACGUCCAGGACUAUGAAGACUUCAUGUGACAGAGUUUACCUUCUCCUGGUGUCGUCUUUCUGUUGCCCACAGUCCCUUCAACAUGUAGCACAACUUCCUUUCCUUUCAGUUCUGCCAAAUGCUACAAUCAGAAGCGCAGUAUCUUUCGUGCUGGUUAUUUAACCCCUUGACUCUUAGGUGCUAAUGUGCGAACGAGGGAACUUGGAUCUUGCUGCCAAGGGGUUAAAAUCGGGAACCUCAGUUGCUACUAAAUCAUAGUUUUAAAAAAAAAAAUCGUAAUGAUGUCAUUGUUGCUGUCUGAUUCCAUAGCAGCAGUCACUAAAUUGGAAACAAGGUUGCAACGUGACAAAAAAUUGUGUAGUAUUUACCAGCACCAUCCAGUAAUACAGCCUUAACCAUACCUCCUUGAACUACUUCAUAACUUGUCAAGAAAAGCAGUUUGCAGCAAGGGCAUGUGGUGUGCACCUAGUAUUAAAAUUGCUUUGUCUUAAAAUUGAGCGUGAGGAUAUUAAAAAAAUACGUUGUGAAGAAGACUGCGAAGAUACUGUGGCUGAAAAGCCAAUAGUUUGAUACUUAAAAAUUAAAUGACCAAAACCCUCCAACUUUGAAACUGAAGAAGGCAAACCUCUCCAUUAUUGCAUUUCAAGUUGAGUCUCUUGAGUGCAAAGACUGUCUAGUUUAUAUUUAUCAGACUAUUUCUGCUGACGGAGUGCUUCGGGUGGGGGAGGGAACUUCACCUGUUUAACUGCCUGGUCUAAAUGUCCGAGCAACAAAUUGCCUUUGUUCUCUAGGCUGCAGUGGAACAACUUUAACAGGGUUUUGGCAUUUCCUUUCCUUUAUAAAACAUGCUUAGCAAACUGCACCAGUUAACUACAGUUUGGUAAAUUGUUAUGUUAACAAUUAUGACAUCUGCAAUGUUUUAUAAAGCAACUAACUUAAUAAAAUCACUAUUGUGAGGACUUAA